AUGAACGGGACACUUCAUGAAUUACUAAAUUUGUUUGAAGAUGAUGAACAGUUCAAAGGACAAACAUUAGCAAACAUCAGUAAUGAAGAUGGCAGAGAAGUGAAAAAGACGAAUGAUAAACAAAACGAAGAGACGGUUGGUGCAAUUAGUUCAAAUAAUAAACCAAGUCGAUCUCUUAUCCCAAUAGAUUUUGGCUGCUCUAAAGCGAACGAUGGUAGUAGUGGUCGGAAGAAGAAAACUAAUAACGUAAUUGGUUUGUGGCAUUCUAAUAGCUCAAACUCGAGCGAAGAUGAAUGGAAUAGAAACGAUCACGCAAUCCACUUCAGCGGCGACGGUCGAAAUAUCAAACGGAUGUUGAAAGAAGUGAAAGAGAAUGAUUCAGACUCUUUAUAUCGGAGGGAAUCUACGAAGAGACAGGAACUCGGUGUUCAAGAAAAUCGUCGUUCACUUCAAGGAAAAGCUGAGCAAAUUACAAGAGCUGUCGAGUCAUCAUCAAAAGAUGUGCUGAAAGUUUACGAUCCAUUUUUUGGUAUUCGUAUCAGAAACCCAAUACUUUCCUCAGCAGCUUUUCAAUCAUAUUGUGAUGGUUUGAAGAAAAUCCGCUUGAGCCAACUGAAAUCCUUUUCUAAGAACGGUGAUAAAUGGAUUUCCUUGGCAAUUAUCAUAGAAAAAACAGGUUGUCGUAAAAGCGCAAACGGAAACGAGUAUAUGAUUUGGAACACUUCCGACCUGACGAAUUCUCUAGAUACAAAUGUUAAGAUUCUCGUGUUCGGUGAUUGUAUCAAAAAAUUUUGGAAGCUGCAGCUUGGUACUGUUAUUGCGCUUGUAGCACCACUUUUUGCUGAUGGCGAUAAUAAACAAACAACAGUGAAAUUGACGAAAUGUGCCCAAGUUUUGGAAAUGGGAUUUUGCCCUGAUUUUGGUCAUUGCAAGGCAAUAAAAAAAGAUGGUGGAUUAUGUCAAAAUGUGGUAAACUUGUCGCAAUGCGAGCGCUGCAUUUAUCAUGUUCAAAGAGAGGCUCAGAAAUUCACAGCAAAUCGUGGCUCGUUUGCGUCUGUACUAGCAAAUCCUAGUCGAAAGUUACCAUUGCAAGAAUCGAACUCAUUUUCGGGAGGUGUAAUUACAGUUUCGAGAAGGGCUGCCAGAGUUCCAGCAAAUGCCUUGUCGAUAAAUGAGAGUAGAAAAAAUUUUGAACAACAGCAGGCUGGGAGUUGUUUAAUGCAGUCAAAAAAUUUGAAGAGGCGUGAAAAGAUGACAUUGGACGCUCUAAUUGCGAAGGAGACUGCAAUUUGUGGUACAAGAAGCGCAUCACAACCGCAUGGAAAAAUAUUGCCGAAGGAAAGAAGCAAUGAAUCAUUGAAAGAGUUUUUGCAAAAACAGGAUGAAAUAAAAAGUUCGACGCAUUCGCCAGAACUCGGCAAAGGUUUAAACUCUGAAUCUGUCUUACUAAUUAGCCCUAGAAAAAUGGUCAACAAACUAAGUGCUUCAGCAAAUGCGAAGCAAAAAGCUAUUGCAACAAUAAUGAAAAAAGGUGGUUUGGAAAAGGCUGACCCAAACUCAAUUAAUGGCAGGCCCAAAAAGAGGCAUUUGUUCUUUUCCCCAGAGCAUAAAGAAGAGCUGAAAAUGAAGAGAUCCGAAGUUAAUGUGAAUGUUAAUGGCAACUCGGAAAAAGUCAGAGAAUUCUCGAAGACUUUUUAUACUGCUGAUGAAAUCUCAGCGCUGCUGAAGAAAAAAAGCAAUCAUGAUGGUGAGCUUCGUCGGGAAGAUGCUAUUCGUGAAGAGCGCUACUUCCAAGUCAUGGAACAGAAAGAGAAAUUGGAAAAUUAUCUAACCAAUACAAUGGAAAUUAGAAAUUACAAUGUAAUUACUUGCACUCAGUGCAAUUAUACAUCACACAAACAAAGUGAUCUAUGCAAACAAUUGCAUCAUACUGUAAAACAGUGGAAGGCCAACAAGCGAUUCUUCCGCUGUAAACAGUGCCAUAGGCGCACAUUUUCGUACGAACGACUAUCUACAACUCCUUGCGCGCAAUGCGGGUGCAACGACUUCAUACGAGUAGCAAUGAAAGAUGAAAAACGGGUAAAGCUACCACAGGAAAACUUGCUUUUACGUGGUGAAGAACGAAAAUAUCUUAAUUGA